AUGGAUGAGCAAGACUCAGCCGGCCCUGAAGCAGGAAGGGGUCAUGCCAUCAACACUGGGAGCAGUGAAGGAUUCUGGGAAAGCUCUGUGCAGAAUAUCCUGGGUGAGGAGGACACCCUCCACUCUGAUAUGAAGAGCCAGCAGUUUAGGCAGUUCUGCUACCAGGAGGCCAAAGGACCUCGAGAAGUUUGCAGCCAACUCUACAACUUUGACUGUCGGUGGCUGAAGCCAGAAAGGCAUACAAAAGCUGAGAUGCUGGACCUGGUGGUCUUGGAGCAGUUCCUGGCUGUCCUUCCACCAGAGAUGGAGAGCUGGGUGAGGGAAUGUGGAGCGGAGACCAGUUCCCAGGCGGUGGCCCUGGCCGAAGGAUUCCUCCUGAGUCAGGCAGAGGAGAGAAAGCAGGCAGAGAGAAAGCAGGUGAGAGAGACUGUCCUCUGGAUACUCCCAAGGGGCUCUGAACAGAAUGGAGAGUAUCCUGAAAUCCUCUACUAAGCUUUCGGAAAGCAUCCCCAAAUGGUUUCCCCUUUGCCAUUCCUUUUCUAAUAUUUCUCUCCAUCCUCUGUUCUGAAUCCUUGUUGCUCUUUCAGGGAAAGAUUAUCUUUGCAGAAAUGGGUCUGGAUUCCUCUGAGGCAGAGAAGACUCCGUUGGUCAGGAGAGAGAGGCCGCUGGGUAAGGAGGAAGGAGCUUUUUCUCCCUUUGGUUGCAUUUUAUGGAUUUAGGAACUCAUCUGUGGGUUCUUUUCAUCUUUUGGGGGAAGACACUUGGGGCCAAGAGAAGGCCCUCUGCCUGGUUCUCUGUAGCUUUACUCCUCGCAGUGAGGGAACUGCCAGAAGGCCCUUGGAGCUGGACCUCAGUGUCCGGGCUGAACGAUUGGUGUGGAGACGCUCCUUCAGGUCUACAGGGCCGAGGCUGUUUAGGGCUUCAAAGGUCAAUACUGUACCAACAUGUUGAAUUGUGCUUGGAAACAUACUAGGAGCCAGUGUAGGUCUUUCAGGACCAGUGAUAUAUGGUCCCAGCAGCUGCUCCCAGUCACCAGUCUGGUAGCCUCCUUCUGGCUUAGUUUCUGAAUCACCUUCAGAGGUACCCACGCAUAGAGCGCACCAUCUGUAGUUAGAGGUGCACUGCUUCACCUCGAAGAAAAGCAUGUGCUAAUGGCCUGCCACCUCCCUUUGUCUCUGACAGGUGACAGAAUGAUGCUGGCAAGUCCUCUUCUUCCAUCUUUGCAUGGAGGCAGAGGAGAAACAUCAGCUCUGGAACCAGAUCAGGUAGGGAGAAGGAGCAUUGCGGGCAAAGAGGCUAUGAGGUGUGGCAGCUAGGCAGAAAACAACAGAGCAAUGUGUAGUAGAUAAUCUGUAUAUUGUCUAAGAAGGGGACCUUUCCCUUUUUAUUUUAGGGUCUGCUGUGCUUUGAAGAUGUAGCUGUUCAUUUCACAGAUGAGGAAUGGGCGUUGCUGGAUCCUGACCAGAGAGCUCUGCAUAAGGAAGUCAUGGAGGAGAAUUGUGGGAUCAUGAACUCUCUCAGUAAGGCUCCCUGUUGGAUCAUGAUGUCUGUUUUGGAAUUUAAGAUCCCUUGGGAAGAAUCUGGGAGAGGAGGAGACUUAGUCAGUUGUGGGAAGGCAGGGCCUUCAGUCCCCACAACUGGCUCGUAGGGGCCAGACCCAGAGGGAAGUAUUGCUGUGCUCACUAGGCCUGACACUUCUGAGCAGCCUGUUGCUUCUCAUAAGGAGUUAACUUCACUUACUCGGUGUGAUUUAUUGCUGCCCCACUCCUGACACUCAGGUUCCCAUACAUAUGUUCAUUGAUGCCUGUCAACAAAAGCAGUGAAGCCUGUUUUAAGGCCUUACUUUUAAUUCCCUUCAGUUCUUCCCGUGUCCCAAGCAUUAAUUAGCAAAGUUCAAUAACUGAGCGCUGCGUUUCACCCUGAGGCUGUGAUCCAUUUCUUUCUUUGUUGCAGAUGCUGAUGAAUCAGAGAUUAAGAACCAGGGAGACCAUGACCAUGUCUACACCAUGGAGAGGCCAAGUAAAUAUUCUGAGUGUAGAGAGAACUUCAGUCAAAGCUCCCAUUCCACUUCCCUCCAAAGAAAUCCAUUGGGGAAGAAAUCCUAUCAAUGCUUGGAGUGUGCGAAGAGCUUCAGUCGGAAAGAGAGUCUCACUUCCCAUCAAAGAAUUCAUACACGGGGGAAACCAUAUCAGUGCAUGGAAUGUGAGAAGAGUUUCAGUCGGAAGUUCAAUCUCACAGUCCAUCAAAUAAGUCAUACAGGGGAGAAACCGUAUCAGUGCUUGGAAUGUGCAAAGAGCUUUACCCAGAAAAAGGAUUUCACUUCCCAUCAGAGAAUUCAUACAGGGGAGAAACCAUUUCAGUGCUUUGAAUGUGGAAAGAGUUUCACCUGGAAGAAAAGUCUCACUUCCCAUCAAAGAAUUCAUACAGAGGAGAAACCAUAUCAGUGUUUGGAAUGUGGGAAGAGGUUCUGUCGGAGUUCCCAUCUCACAACCCAUCAAAUAAGUCAUACAGGGGAGAAACCGUAUCAGUGCUUGGAAUGUGGGAAGAGCUUCAGUCGGAAGUUCAAUCUCACAGUCCAUGAAAGAAUUCAUACAGGAGAGAAACCAUAUCAGUGCAUGGAAUGUGAACAGAGUUUCACCUGGAAGGAAGGUCUUACUUCCCAUCAAAGGAUUCAUACAGGGGAGAAACCGUAUCAGUGCUUGGAAUGUGGAAAGAGGUUCACCCGGAAGUUCUAUCUCAUAGUCCAUGAAAGAAUUCAUACAGGAGAGAAACCGUAUCAAUGCUUGGAAUGUGGACAGAGCUUCAGUCAGAAGACCAGUCUCAUAGGCCAUCAAAGAUGUCACAGUGGGGAGAAACCAGACAAUGGCUGUAUAUGAAUUUAAUUUUCAGAGACUUUGAUUAAUAUGUUCAACGCGGACCCUGAGUUCCACUUCUGAAGGCCUUCUGCCAGUUCCCUGAUUGUGGGAAGUGAGGUUACAUGGAACAAGGCAGGGGGCCUUUUUGAUAGUGUCACCCGCCUUGUGGAACUUCUCUCUUGUUAGAUGUUAAGAAAAUAAAUGACUAUCUGACUUUUAGAUAAGGAAGUUCUUUAUGUUUGUUAGUUUUACUGUGGUUUCACGAAUUGUUAGAAAUAAUAAUAAUAAUGGUAAUUGCAUUAUAGGUCAAAAUUAGCACUUUGAAUUGGGUGUGGAAGCUAAUUGGCAGCCAGUUCAGUUGGGCCAGGAUCAUUAAUGCCCAUUAAAAUAGGUCGUAAACACUGUAAUAAGUAGAGGUCCCUCUACUUAGGACAGCCAGAACUGGGCAGAAGACUAAAGGGAUUCCUUCCUUCUGUUUUUUUGGUGGCUUCCUGAGAGCCCAGGUGGAUGAGCCAGACUCAGCUGGCCCAGAAGCAGGAAGAGGCCAUGCCAUCCAAACUGGGAGCAGUGGGGGUUGAUUCCAGGCCGUGUCUAGCCCUCCUAGAAGGGAAGUGACCCUGCCAAAUGUGAUGGCAACCGAAGGGAUUUCUGUGAGAUGAAUCUGCCUGUUUGCUCCUGCCUUUUGGUGCUUUUGGUCAAGGAAGGAAUUUAGAACUGUGGUUGACUGAGUACAAUUUUCACACCAGGCUGAGGGGGGGGUUUUCUAAUCCUGGGGUCCUCAAGAGCUGCUCUCCCUCCUAUCCCAGGAAAGGGCCCCCAUCACCUUGGAGUGGCCCCAUGUGCCCAGGCCAUUAGACCAUUUCAUUUUUUAAAAAAUCUUAUUUAUUAAGGUUUCAAAAAAAGGUUACAUAGACAAGAAAAAAAAAGAAAAAAAUUAGAGAAAAGAAAAAAUACAAAAUACAGAAAAAAUAAAAGACACUUAAAAACAAAUCAAUCUUUCCAUGCCUUACAUUUCAUUUCCUUGUUUCCCUGACCUCCUCACACCUCCCUUUUUUGUAUUCCAGUUCAGUUAGUUAAUUCAGCAAUUUCUUUCCCUCUUUGUUUUUAUCUUAAUCCUUUAACUUAAUAUAUUAUAACUUUGGAUUCUCACCUGUUAACAAUCGAUUUUUACAUACACCUUUAUAACAUUGCUGCUAAAACCACUUAACUUCAUUCUGACAUCAUUCUAACAUUCAUUAAUUUUGCAGUAUUUCUGUAAAUAGUCUUUAAAUUUCUUCCAAUCUUCUUCCACCGACUCUUCUCCCUGGUCUCGGAUUCUGCCAGUCAUUUCCGCCAAUUCCAUAUAGUCCAUCACCUUCAUCUGCCAUUCUUCCAGAGUGGGUAAAUCUUGUGUCUUCCAAUAUUUUGCAAUAAGUGUUCUUGCUGCUGUUGUGGCAUACAUAAAGAAAGUUCUGUCCUUCUUUGGCACCAAUUGGCUGACCAUGCCCAGGAGAAAGGCCUCUGGUUUCUUCAGGAAGGUAUAUUUAUAUACCUUUUUCAUUUCGUUAUAGAUCAUCUCCCAGAAAGCCUUAAUCCUUGGGCAUGUCCACCAAAGGUGAAAGAAUGUACCUUCAGUCUCUUUACAUUUCCAACAUUUAUUAUCGGGCAAAUGAUAGAUUUUUGCAAGCUUGACUGGUGUCAUGUACCACCUGUAUAUCAUUUUCAUAAUAUUCUCUCUUAAGGCAUUACAUGCCGUAAACUUCAUACCUGUGGUCCAUAACUGUUCCCAGUCAACAAACAUAAUAUUAUGUCCAACAUCUUGUGCCCAUUUAAUCAUAGCAGAUUUCACCGUUUCAUCCUGAGUAUUCCGUUUCAACAGCAAGUUAUACAUCUUUGACAAAAUCUUGGUUUUAGGUUCUAACAGUUCUGUUUCUAAUUUUGAUUUUUCCACCUGGAAGCCAAUUUUCUUGUCCAAAUUAUAUGCCUCCAUCUGGGAUCUGGGAGGGCGUGUUGUCUUUUGAUGUUGCCAUCAAAACUGGGAGCCGUGGGGAAUUCUGGGAAAGCUCUGUGCAGAAGAUCCUUGGUGAGAAGGACAUUCUCUGCUCAGAUGUGCAGAGCCAGUGGUUCAGGCAGUUCUGCUACCAGGAGGCCAAAGGACACCGAGAAGACUGCAGCCAACUCCAACACCUUUACCAUCAGUAAAGUACCAUUGGUACUUCAUGAACUGGGGUAUGAUAACUCUGGCUCAGAGGCCUUAUUUCACUUCAGAUAACUCUUCAGUGUGAGCACAAAACCUACAUCUAAUGUGGAAAGAUCUGUAGCCUGAGCAAAGACUCUUGACAAUGGGUAGUCAAACUAAGGCCUGGGGGCUGGAUUUGGCCCAAUCGCCUUUUAAAUCUGGUCCGAGGGAAUCAGUGUUUUUACACAAGUAGAAUGUGUGCUUUUAUUUAAAAUGCAUCUCUGGGUUAUUUGUGGGGCAUAGGAAUUCUUCAUUUCUUCCCCCAAAAUAUAGUCCGGCUCCCCACAAGGUCUGAGGUACAGUGUACCAGCUGAAAAAAAUUGCUGACCCCUGCUUUUGACCAAAGGACUCCUGCUGGAGAGGAACUAUUUACAUUCAUUGCGUGAGAAAUUGGCCUGUGUUCAACCGAGUGCUGUAGGGGGUCACCAACUGGGCACAUGCGGGUGCCAUGGCACCUACUAAUCUUUCCCAGGUGCUCCUGCCUAGGUGCCCCAGACACUGAUAAUUCUAUCCCCCCCUCUACUGUUCUUUAUGUUAGAUUCGGUAAACAGACAUCCAUAGACAAAUACUCAUUGCAUUGCGAACAGCAAAUCGUUGAACCUUGCCAUUAAACUCAGAGGCUCCCUUGACCAACCUCCUUGUUUUCUGCUGCUCCCCUGUGAGAUACGUGGUGAAAACUUGUGUUGUUUCGUCAUUUAGCGUUCUUGCCUGACAUCUUUUAAGACUUAAAUUUGAAUCAGAGCAUUGAAAAGUCUCUUAAGAAUCAUGAGCCAUUCACUGCCCUGCUAAAUGCUGGUUUUUUGUAUGAUGGGGGAAAUUUAAAGCACGGGUUUGAAAGGAAGGGGGAGUAGAUCGCAAUGUAUAGCCAAGGGGGGAGGGCGCGGGUUGUGCUUUCCCCCUGCCAGCUUUCCCUCUUGUUUUUUGCCAAGGGACGGAGCAGCUCAGAGCCCAGCCAGGAGGGCAUCCCGAAAUACAGCAUCUCUGGAUGUGCGCAACGCACGGGGCUCCUCCUGGGCGCCUGCUUUGCAGAGGGGAAGGGCGAGCUUGGGGCGCUUGGCUUUGCCAGGGUGACACGGAACGGAACCGGAUUCCUAGAGAGGACAGAAAGAAAGGUGGGGGGGGGACCAGGUCCUCCCGAUCCAAAGCCCCUCCCUAGUCACUUCCUGCAAGCGGGGCGUGGAUGGUUUGUGUGUCUCCUUUGCAAGCUUCGCUGCCUGGGUGGCUCCUGCUGCAGUCUGGUGAGUCUCCUCUCUCUCUCCUCCCUUUGGGCUGCAGGCGAGGAUGCGGGGGGGGGGGGCCGUGUUCAGAUCAUGCGUGCCCCCCAGGGUCCUGCGCCCCCUCCUUGCUCUCUGCAAAGCCAGGGGGCGGGUCAUUUUGCAGGAGGGCUGCAAGCCUGUCCUUCCUUCAUAGCAAAGGCUGCUCACCGCUUUGUGGGGAAACAUUGGCUUUCAUCCACCCAGACUUGAGUUUGCUGCAAUAGCAGAGGCGUCUCCUGGGUGUCCAGAGCCCAGUCUAGUCCUGUUGAGUUUCAGUCAGUCAGGCUGGAGGAUGCGGACUAAGUGCUGGGAUCAGUCUUAGCCCCUCUUGGAGGAUGAGAAAGAGCAGGGAGGGGGGGCUGGCUGGGCCAGGGAGGGAUCAGUGCCCCCCUGCAGGAGUGGGUGCUCCCUUCCUGCUUGGAGGAGGCGGGGUAAAUUCCCUGGAUUCAGAGAUCCUAACUAACUCCCGGCCAGUGGCUAAGCUCCCUUUCCUGAGCAAGGUUCUUGAGUAAGUGGUCGCUGACCAGAUCCAGGCACUUUUGGAAGAAACUGAUUUUCUGCAUCCAUUUCAAUGAUCCGGAUGCAAGUGAACCCUCCCUUGUCCUCCAGUUAGAAGGAAAGCUUUCCCCACCACCCGUUCAUCAGACAGGGGUCUUAUCCAGACUGCUGGCUGACCCAGGUGCGCCCAUUCAGACAUGCAGCCUCUCAGGUGUCCAAAUGAUCUUCUGAGACUGACCAGAAAGCCCUGAACAGAGAACCACCAGAGGUCUCCCCACCCAAGGAAUCCAAGGCAGCGGGAGAGGCCCUGCUGGGAAGGGAGGGAACUUUGGGAGGGAUGGGGGCAUAGCUGUCAACUUACAGAUUUGAAAAUAAGGGACCAGCAGCCUUGAAAAUAAGGGACCAGCAGCCUUGAAAAUAAGGGACCAGCAGCCUUGAAAAUAAGGGAUCAGCAGCCAAAAUAAGGGACCUGCAGCCUCACCUGUUCCAGGCACUCCAGUCUUCCUGUCCUCCUGCAGUCUGGUCAAACUCACGCUGGUAGCUUCGAGAACACUGUCCAACCAACUUUGUAACCAGAGGUUCAAUGAAUAGAAUCUGAAUCACAUGCACCACAAGGCCUAUGCAGCCUCAACUUAAGAUGGCUCCCCAGGCUGGCUUUGCACUGCAAAGUUUGCAGCAGCACGUGCAACAAAAUGCAGUCCAGCAUUCAAAAACCCCCUCAGCUUGCAUUAACUAGCCACACACACACAGCCUCUCCCCCGCCACGAAAUCGCCAGUCACCCACCAUUUUAGUCAACCAGCUCCUUUCUUUCCCCCCACAAGUCAAUCUAAGGAGCCUCCAAAACAAAUUCAAAAGCCCCCCCCCGAGAUCGUCUUUCCUUUUCCCCCACCAUGUGCCAGACAAACCUUUUCGCUGGCAAGGGUGAGUGGGCAGUCGAUGACGUAUCCAUCCGAUUCCGAUCCGAGCACUCAGCACAGGUAUGUUCAACUUCUGAGCCCCUCUGAGCCAAAGGCAGAAAGCCCAGCCAGCAGCCAAACGAAGCCUCAAGGAAAACUACCGUCACCUCUCGGCUGGGAAGUGCUGAGCAAAGGCGAGUCCCCAGGCAACGCAGCCGAUUUGAUCAGCACAAGGCAUGCAAGCUCCACCCCCCAGUCGUUCUUAGACUUCUUAUUGGGUGAGCAACACAGCCAAGCAACACAGUUGGAGCAUCCCUCCUCCCUGGCCGGCAGGAAGGGAGGGAGAGGAGCUGCUUCCUUUGAAAUUUAAGGGACAUCAUUUAAGGGACAUCCAUCAAUAAGGGACAGCAGCGGGACAUGGCGCUGGAAUAAGGGACUGUCCCUCCAAAUAAGGGAUGCUUGACAGCUAUGGGUGGGGGUGAAAGAGGCAGCCCCCCCCCCCAGUGCUGAGAGUUACUGGGAGACCCUCUUCCCACCAGCUAUAAUUCCUGAGUUCCCUGGCAAGGAGGACGGUUGCCUAGCCACUCCAAGGGAACCUCUCCUAGCAGCGCUCAGCACCCUUUACAAAUGUUUCUCUGGAUUCUAUGGUCUCAUCCUGCUAUGCAGAUGCAGCACUGGGGGGGGGGGGGCUUGUGAGUGUAUGUUGUCUUUUUGGAAUAAGUUUUAAUUGAGUUUUAUAAUAACAAUCAUGGGAAUAAUGAAGGAUACAAAGAAAUUGACCGAGUCUUCUCUUGUCAUUUGUAUAUCACAAAAAUGGCACAAUAAGUUUAUGGGAAUAUCUACAACAUAUAGUUCAUUAUUAGAGGUCAUACAGUGUCUUAGUUCUUGGUUUAUGAUAGAAAUGGUUCUACAAUAGGAGGUAAAAGGCUUAACUUGGUUUCUGUACCUUCCCUCUCAUUCGUUUACCUAGUUAUGACCCGGGUUACAGUUACUUUUAAUGCAGCACAACUUUCUUCUCUGCCUAAUACUUUGGUUCCUGAGCGAGGGGCAUUUUUCGUUCGUCCGCCUCUCUCUUAGCCACCCUGAGGGAUUCCCCACAGACCCAGGGGAUCCUCGCAGGCCUUGUUCUUGGUUUGGAGGUCUCCAUUUCCUAGGAGAUCUCUCCCCAACUGACUGGAAGGAGACCCUGGUUUAGUCCAUCUUCCCACAGCUCCUCGCUCUCCUGCCUCCUCAGACUCAGACCUCCGAAUUAAAUCCUGUCUCAAUACUCUCCCCAGACCCUCCACUGGGUCAUAUUCCUAUCUAAGUUGCUGCAAGGCUCCUUCGCCUCAGAAAAACCCUCUCCCAAUCCCCAUCUCCCCUCUCAGAUCACAGCCAGUUCUCCCUCAGACAUAACCUCUCUGAAUAAUAAUAAUAAUCAUUAUUAUUAUAAAACAAUAAUAAAAUCCCCACCUCCCCUCUCAGAUCAGGCUCUGUCAAACUCUCUCCCUCCUUGGAUUUUCCCUCCAAAAGGGCUGGGAGCCAAUCAGAAAGAGGGAGAGGCUCCCACCCUCUGGUGGAGUCUCAGAGGCACUGCAGCCCCACACUCUGCUCUGGCUCUGAGGGGCCUAGAAGGGAAAAUACCUCAUGGGAGCACGUGGGUUUAAACAAAAGGAGAAAACUAGGAAUUAGAAAGGAUACAAAGAAAUUGACUGAGUCUUCUCUUGUCAUUUGUAUAUCACAGAAAUAGCACAAUAUGUUUAUGGCAAUAUCUACAACAUAUGCUUCAUUAUUAGAGGUCAGUGUCUGAGGAAUAUGUUUAAACAAAACCAGAAAAAGGGGAAGCAGCUGAAGAGGGCUGCUUACAGACACAGUAGGAAUGUGAGCCCUUCUAUACUUGCUUUUUAGCACUGUUCUUUGGCCCUCAAGCCUAAGAAAAAGGGACUCCACCCCAGUAGUGUGUCUUGAGAACAUUGGAGAAUCCAAAUGCUAGAAACUGAGGCAGAAGCAGGAAAGAAUUGGGCCCUGAAUCGGGGGAGGGAGGGAGAGCAACCCUAGAGGACCCCAAAGUUGGCAGGUUGGCUGGCUUCUGUCUCUUCUCAGGAGACAAUGGAAGAGAGUUCUUUGGGGAGGAGGUCAAAGGGCAGGAAGGGUGCAGAACCUGCUGUGGCUGAAGAGGGUUUCAUCCAACAGAAAUUUCCAAGGUUUCCUGCAGAUUUUGUAUAGUAACUUUUCUUCUAGGAGGACUAGAUGCUGACUUCUCCUUCUCCUUUUUUGAAGGCAGUUCAGAGUCUGGGCUGUAAUCCAGCCCAGCCCUGGUUCUUGACAAGACUCAUCCAUGCUUGCUCAGAGAACUUUGUCAUUCCUGUGGCCAUGUAUCAGUUUCAUAACAGAACAAUGUAUUUGCUUUGUAGGAUUUGCACACACUUAGGACAUACGGAACGUGGCAGAAGAACAAGGGCUUUCUUCUGAUCUCUUGGAGGCUUCCUGAGAGCCCAGAUGGAUGAGCAAGACUCAGCUGGCCCAGAAGCAGGAAGAGGCCAUGCCAUCAACACUGGGAGCAGUGAAGGAUUCUGUGAAAACUCUGUGCAGAAGAUCCUGGGUAAGGAGGACACCUUCAGCUCAGAUGCGCAGAGAAAAAAGUUCAGGCAGUUCUGCUACCAGGAGGCCAAAGGGCCUCGAGAGGUUUGCAGCCGAUUCCACCACCUUGACCGUCGGUGGCUGAAGCCAGAAAGGCACACGAAAGCUGAGAUGCUGGACCUGGUGAUCUUGGAGCAGUUCUUGGCUGUCCUUCCGCCAGAGAUGGAGAGCUGGGUGAGAGAAUGUGGAGCGGAGACCAGUUCCCAGGCGGUGGCCCUGGCUGAAGGUUUCCUCCUGAGUCAGGCAGAGGAGAGGAAGCAGGCAGAGCAGCAGGUGAGAGAGACUGUCCUCUGGAUACUCUCGGGCUCUGAACAUGAGAGAGAGUAUACUGAAACUCCCCAACCUUUUUUGGAAAGCACCUAAGGAAUUAUAUCUGAUACUCUAAAGUGCAUCUCCCAUUCCUUUUCUAUUCUUUCUCUCCAUUCUCUGUUUUCAAUCCUUGUUGCUUUUUCAUGAAAAGGAUCUGUUUGCAGAAAUGGACCCGUAUUCCACUGAGGAAGAGAAGACUCCAUUGGACACGAAAGAAAGACCACUGGGUAAGGAGGAAGGAGCUUUUUCUCCAUUUCGUCACAUUCUGUGAAUUUUGAAACUAACCUGUGGGCUCUUUUCAUCUUUUGGGGAAGGACACUUGGGGCCAGGAGCUCAAAUGUCAAAAUUCACUCAGUAGGUGAGACUUUUUCUGAGGCCCAUCUGUAGUUAGAGAUGUACUGCUUCACUGCUAAGAAAAGCAUACACUAAUGGCCGGCCACUUACUUCUGCCUCUCACAGGUAACAGAAUGAUGCCAGGAAGACCUCCCCAUCCAUCUUUGCAUGGUGGCAGAGGAGAAACAGCAUCUCUGGAGCCAGAUCAGGUAGGGAGAAUGAAGGAUUUUUGGGAAAGAGGUUUAGAGAUGGGGCACCAAGGGUUCUCUCUCCUGUUCUUGACUUCUAUCAAAAUUGUCCUUAACAAAGGCUCUAAAGGCCAUUCCAGAAGGUUUAUGUACUGAGGAUUAUGAACAACCACCUCACGUUCACCAGCUUUCUGAAUGAUGCUAGUAUUAUUUAUCAGUCGUUGCAGUUUUAUUUAUCAAUUUAACAUUUAAUGCUAAGAUAAGCUUCUAAACAAUUGACAAACCAUUAAACCAUGGCCAGAAUUCACCUCACGAGUCUCAUCAGUUGCAUUAUAGGGCUUCCCCCCUCCUUGUGGCCCCCUGCACCCCUGAAGUUGGCUUUAAUGGAACACUCCUGCAGGCCCCAUGACCACCUCUGGCAACUGGAAGAGCUACGCAGCAUUCCCGGAAAGGGGUCCUGGUGUUGUGGGACUCACAGCUGCUCUCUUGUGAGCACCCUGUCUAGCAGAGUAAAAGUAGCGCAGACGGAAGAGAGGAGGUAUCUGGGCAUACCUACUUUAUUUCUACUAAUUACAGAUUAAAGAACAUACCAAACACGUAUGAGAGGAGCAGCCCUCAUACAGACAUCCUGUCUUGUCGCAAGACAGAGCAGAAAGAAAAGAUACAAUAGUACCAGAGAUGGAAGUCACACAGACAGGCUUCCUUUUUCACAGAACAGAAAGUAAACAAUAGAAUCAGAUGAUCCUUGCAAUGGGAGGAGUGAAAUACUAAUAUCCUCCCCCAUUUCAUGAUAACCAUUGCAAUAUCUAGUACAUCAGCAAUCUAUGUACAUAUUCAUCCAGUUGUUCUCUGUUAACAACUUUAGACAACAAAUCAGCAGGAAUUUCCUUCCCUGCCAUGUAGGACACAUUUAUGAGUCCUCUCUGGAUACAAUCCCUUGCAUGACAUAGCUUGAUCUGCAAGUACUUGGUUCUUUAGGGCAUGGUGAAUGUUUCCCCGCUCUAGAACAGUAGACGGGGAGAGGAAAGGGUGGAAUGCUUGAGCAGAGAGAAUGAUCUGAAGAACACCAGAUGAAGUUCCAUCCAUUUACACAAAGAUGAAUACCCAUCAUUAAAAUACACAAUAAAACAAUUCCGUUAAGACCUUAAAAUGUGCAUCCAUAAUUAAAAUGUACAGCAAAACAAUCCCAUUAAAACAGAACAGCAAUGAACAGGCAGAAAGCACCAGAGCACUCUGUUGUAGAUAAUCUGUUGGCCGUCUAAGAGGAAGACUUUUCUCGUCUUCUUUUAGGGUCUGCUGUGCUUUGAAGAUGUAGCUGUUCGUUUCACAGAUGAGGAGUGGGCUUUGCUGGAUCCCAACCAGAAAGCUCUGCAUAAGGAAGUCAUGGAAGAGAAUUGUGGGAUCAUGAACUCUCUCAGUAAGGCUCCCUGUUGGAUCAUGAUGUCUGUUUUGAAAUUCAAUACGUAUCUAUAUAUGAUGGACCUCCAAUAUUUUGAUGAAGCUCAACAGCACCACCUACAGCAUCUGCGAUUCUGACACCCUCACAGUGAACCCUGAAUGAAGGGCUAUCUACUCUUUUGUCUCUGAAUAUUCUUCCUCCGGUUUUGCCUUCUAAAACCAUGGUUGGGCUGGUCUGAACUAUCUGGGCCUUCAGGGAUGUUAUGGAAAUUGAAGAAACUUCUGUCAUGUUUUCUGUUUCUGUUUUUGCUUCUGUCAGUUUUUCAUUGACAAAAGAGAUGACUGACAUCGGUAUGGUGUGAAUUCCAUGAUUCUGCAGAACAAAAUCUGUCCCAGAAUAGAACCAGGCUUUUCAAAUCCCACUGUCAUGGACUGGCUGGAUGUAGAGGAAUGGUGGGAGGAACCAGGUGGGAAACCCCCAAGGGAAUAAGGCCCAGAGCCCGGGGAGUGGUGGUUGGACAACCAUGAGUUGUCAGAGGGAGAGGAGGAAGAGAUUGGGAGGAGGAGGUGUUGGAAGCUGAGGAAGUAACAGGUUUUAGUGAGCAGGGGGAGUCUGUUGCAGAGAGGAGUCCGGAAGUAGAAGCUGAAGAAGAGGGAGGCCAAGAGGCACAGACAAGUCAGGCUGGUGAUGAAGCCAGGGUGUCUCGCCCUCCUGCUGUGGUAAGCUCCCUUACCCCCCUCGUCUCUCUGUACUAGAAGAGGUAUGAAGAAGAAGGAGCAGAGACAGUUGUGCUGGUGGAAGGGAAGGACCCAUGAGAAGAGGAGGCUUAGUCAGUUAGGGGAAGGCAGGGACUUGAAGUUGUUACGACUUCCUCAUAGUGGCAUAGUCUACUGGGAAUUGUUUCUGUGCUCACUGGGCCUGACACUACUGAGCAGCCUGUUUGUUCUCAUUAAAAGGUAACUUCAUUUAUUCCAUGUGAUUUAUUGCUGAUCCGUUCCUGACACUCAGGUCCGAUUAACGCCUGUCGACAAAAGCAGUGGAGCCGGUUGUAAGACCUUACAUUUAAUUCCCUUCUCUUCUUCCUCUGUCCCAAGCAUUAAUUAGCAUUGUUCAAUAACCGAGGGUUGCAUUUCUUCCUGAGUCUGUAAUCUGUUUCUCUCUUUGUUGCAGGUGGUAAUGACUUGGAAAUUAAAAACGAGGGAGACCAUGCCAAUGUCUACACAAUGGAGAAGCGAUGGAAAUAUACAGAGUGUAGAGGGAACUUUAGUCAAAGCUCCCAUUCCACUUCCCUUCAAAUAAAUCCCUUUGGGAAGAAAUCCUAUCAGUGCUUAGAAUGUGGAAAGAGCUUCACGCAGAAAGAAAGUCUCAUGACCCAUCAAAGAAUUCAUACAGGGGAGAAACCAUAUAAGUGCCUUGAAUGUGGAAAGAGCUUUGCCUGGAAGGAAAGUCUCACCACUCAUCAAAGAAUUCAUACAGGGGAGAAACCAUAUCAGUGCAUGGAAUGUGGUAAGAACUUUGCCUGGAAGGAAAGUCUCACUUCCCAUCAAAGAAUUCAUACGGGGGAGAAACCAUAUCAGUGCUUGGAAUGUGGAAAGAGCUUCGCCUGGAAGGAAAGUCUCACGACUCAUCAAAGAAUUCAUACGGGGGAGAAACCAUAUCAAUGUUUGGAAUGUGGGAAGAGUUUCAGUCAGAGUGCCCAUCUCACCACCCAUCAAAGAAGUCAUAAAGGGGAGAAACCAUAUCAGUGUUUGGAAUGUGGGAAAAACUUUACCCAGAAAAAGAGUCUCAGAUCUCAUAUAAAAAUUCAUAAAGGGGAGAAACCAUAUCAGUGCUUGGAAUGUGGAAAGAGCUUCAGUCGGAAAGAAAGUCUCACUUCCCAUCAGAGAAUUCAUACAGGGGAGAAACCAUAUCAGUGUUUGGAAUGUGGAAAGAGCUACAAUCAGAGAUCCAAUUUUAAGUCGCAUCAAAGAAUUCAUACAGGGGUGAAACCAUUUCAGUGCUUGGAAUGUGGGAAGAACUUUAGUCAGAGUGCUAUCCUUAAGACACAUCAAAGAGUUCAUACAGGGGAGAAGCCAUUUCAGUGUUUGGAAUGCGGAAAGAACUUCAGUCAGAAAUUAACUCUUAGUUUCCAUCAAAGAAUUCAUACAGGGGAGAAACCAUAUCAGUGCUUAGAAUGUGGAAAGAGCUUUAGUCAGAGGACCAAUCUCACAGCCCAUCAAAGAAUUCAUACAGGAGAGAAACCAUAUCAUUGCCUGGAAUGUGGAAAGAGCUUUACCCAGAAGGAAAGUCUCACGAACCAUCAAAGAAUUCAUACGGGGGAGAAACCAUAUCAGUGUUUGGAAUGUGGAAAGAGCUUCACCCAGAGAUUAACUCUCACUUUCCAUCAAAGAAUUCACACAGGUGAAAAGCCAUAUCAGUGCUUAGAAUGUGGAAAGAGCUUUAGUCAGAAGCCCCAUCUCACAGCCCAUCAAAGAAUUCAUACAGGUGAGAAACCAUAUCAGUGCUUGGAAUGUGGAAAAAGCUUUACCCGGAAGGAAAGUCUCACUCCCCAUCAAAGAAUUCAUACAGGGGAAAAACCAUAUCAGUGUUUGGAAUGUGGAAAGAGCUUCACCUGGAAGGAAACUCUAACUUCGCAUCUGAGAAUGCAUACCAGUAGUGGUAGCAGUAGUCAUUUUAUUACUGUCAGUGACCAGUAUCAAGAUAAAAACACCAAUUACAAAAUUGAAUAG